UUCUUCUUUCCCUUCGGUCCCGGAGCGCCCUCCGACCACCUUCUCGCUUCCUCCCUCGUUCCCAAACCUUAUAUGGACCUAAAAUCCCAACCCAUCUCCAACUCCGGCCAGACCAAGAAGAAAAGUAAUCGAGCCAUGCAAAUUUUCAAGCUUUCCCUCUUCAUGCUCCGUCGUCGAUCCAAGAAAUCAAAGGCAUCGGUCGACAUGGGUUCCGAUAAAGGCUUGUGGCAGCGGCUGUUGGCCUCCAUUCGCCCUCUCCACAUCCAAGACAACGAAUCGCCUCCGACCAUAGUCCACACAUCGUUGGCUCCAAAACCGAUAGAAGUUUACGAGGAGUCACCAAUACCAUUGUCAUCAUCGCCAUCCUCGUCGAUUUCAUCGUCGACAUUGUUUUCUUGUACGUCGAUGUCGUCUUCUUUUUGCACAAGACAACAUGCCUCUGAACCCAACCUUCAAGAACUCGACAAUGAUGAAAACACCAUCGACGGAGGCGACGAAAUGAUCGAUGCAAAGGCGGACGAGUUCAUAGCGCAAUUCUACGAACAAAUGAGACGUCAACAAAAUGGGUUUGCAUGAGAGAUGGAGUGUGCAUGGAUCUUCAAUUAUUUAAUCUUUUUGUUAUUUAUUUAGAAGAAUUAAUU